AUGCCCUCUCAUCCCAUGCCCUCUCACGUCCCAUGCCCCUCACGUCCCAUGCCCUUCACGUCCCAUGCCCUCUCACGUCCCAUGCCCCUCACGUCCCAUGCCCCUCUCACGUCCCAUGCCCUCUCACGUCCCAUGCCCCCACGUCCCAUGCCCUUCCACGUCCCAUGCCCCUCACGUCCCAUGCCCUCACCCAUGCCCUCCCCACGUCCCCCUCACGUCCCAUGCCCUCACGUCCCAUGCCCCCUCACGUCCCAUGCCCUCUCACGUCCCAUGCCCUCCUCACGUCCCAUGCCCUCACGUCCUGCCCUCACGUCCCAUGCCCUCUCCUCACGUCCCAUGCCCCCUCACGUCCCAUGCCCCUUCACGUCCCAUGCCCUCACGUCCCAUGCCCCCCACGUCCCAUGCCCCUUCACGUCCCAUGCCCUCACGUCCCAUGCCCCCACGUCCCAUGCCCUCUCACGUCCCAUGCCCCUGUCCCAUGCCCCUCACGUCCCAUGCCCUCACGUCCCAUGCCCCUCACGUCCCAUGCCCCCUCACGUCCCAUGCCCUCACCGUCCCAUGCCCCCACGUCCCAUGCCCUCCUCACGUCCCAUGCCCCUUCACGUCCCAUGCCCUCACGUCCCAUGCCCUCACACGUCCCAUGCCCUUCACGUCCCAUGCCCCUUCACGUCCCAUGCCCUCACGUCCCAUGCCCUCACGUCCCAUGCCCUCUCACGUCCCAUGCCCUCACGUCCCAUGCCCUCUCACGUCCCAUGCCCCUCACGUCCCAUGCCCUCACGUUCCAUGCCCUCACCCUGCCCUCACGUCCCAUGCCCUCACACGUCCCAUGCCCUCACGGCCUAUGCCCUCACCUUCACCUCACCCUUCACCUCCCCCUUUCAUUUCUUCUUUUCAACCCUUUAA